AUGGCGUCGAAGCGGUUAGCUUUGGAUAUGAAGAUAAUUUCUCUACCAUCUGGAAACAAUUCAUUUCUACUGUACGGCUUUUGGAAUUGGAAAAAAGGAAAAGAAAGGUUGGGUGUUCAUGAAAAGAGUGAAACACAUCGGACUGCAAUGUUAAAAUUGACAAAUAUUCAAAGGAAACCAAACCAAAUAUCUUCACUACUGAAUUCCCAGAUUAAAUCUGAUCAAGACGCCGCCCGUAAGUGUUUUCGAACGAUGUUCACGACAAUCUCAUUUCUUGGGAAGCAAGGAAUUGCACUUCAAGGACACGAGGCCGACAGAGGAAAUUAUUUGGAGUUACUCAAACUUCGGAUGGAAGAAAUUACAGAGCUUCAGACAUGGUUGAGGAGGAGUAAACCUUUGACGUCACACGACAUACAGAAUGAAAUGGUGGACAUUAUUUCGAAAAACAUUUCGCGGGUAAUAAUCAAGAAAACUCAAAAUGCCAGAGAAUUCAGCCUUAUUGUGGAUGAGACGACAGAUGUGUCAACUAAUGAGCAAGUCAGUAUUUGCAUAAGAAUCGUUAACGAUAAUCUGGCUCCCGAGGAGUAUUUCUUGGGAUUAUAUAAAACUAAUUCCACGACCGGUGAGAGCAUUUUUGAAGUAAUACAGGAUGUCAUAACAAGAUUUGGACUGGAUUUCUCAAACCUGCCAGGACAAUGUUAUGAUGGAGCAAGUAAUAUGUCGGGGAAAUGUAUUGGUGUUCAAAGUCGAAUUCAAAAUAUUGAGCCUCGUGCGCUGUAUGUUCACUGCAUGAACCACAGUCUGAAUCUUGCCCUUCAGGAUACAGUGAAAUCCAUCCCAUUCCUGCGCGAGACUUUGCAGUACCUAAACGAUGUUGGUGUCGUGCAAUGGAGUUAUUUGCUGACAUUGCCCGCGACCACGACUCCGAUGUUCUCUCUAUCCGCCCUCUAUGCCCCACGAGGUGGACCGUCAGGAUUCGCAGCAUUAACUCCGUGUUGA